GUUGGUGUCAGGGCUUUGCAGCCGCCUCUCCUGCUCGUUUUGUGUGGGAACUAACGGCCGAAACGGUUGCCCAGAGACAAAACAGUWGCAACAGGAACGGCCUUUGUACCUGUGUAGGGCACUAACACCGCGUUUCCCUUCUUUCCCAUGAAUCCACAGCGUCUUCAUGAAUAACUUGAACGAUCCUCCCCACUGGAACAUCCAGCCGAACCGAAGGGAGCCCGGCGAUGAGGGCAGCAGGUGGAACUACGCCUUGCUGGUGCCCAUGCUGGGGCUGGCAGCCUUUCGUUGGAUCUGGACCAGAGAGUGUCAGAAAGAAAUAGAAAGAGAAAAAAAAGAAUAUUAUAAGAAACAGUCAUCUCUACAAAGAGACCUGGAAGCCAAAUACCGGGAUAUAAUCACAGAAAAUCGUCGCACGGUUGCUCACUUGGAGCUGGAGCUUGAAAAGGAGCGCAGCAGGACCCUGAGUUACCGUGAAGCCCUGGUGUCCCAGAGCCGCAAGCUUGUAGAGGAAAGAAGACUCCUAGAGCAGGAACRGGAGAAGCUGGAGCGAGAAAAACAAGUCCUCUUGCACUCAGGAGCCGCAGGUAACUUGUACCAGAGUUACCUGGCAAAGGAAGAAGAGUGGCAAAAGAGAGCCCAUAUUCUACUGAAAGAACUGGAAGAUGGACUGAAAGAAAGACAGGAGAUCUACUGCAGUCUUGUGGUGCCAAGGAACCAGAGACUAGAAAUAGAGAAGAAUCUGCUGGUUAAAGCAGCAACGGAUCCUGUUGCUGUCGCUCUGCAGGUGGAGAGUGGCUUGAAAGAUAUUUUCAAACAUGAUAACUACUGUGGCAAACUGCUCAACAGAAACARAAGCCAAAAUGGAAGACUUAUGUGGCUGUAUCUCCGAUAUUGGGAACUAGCCGUUGAAGUACAGAAGUUCCAGAGGGUGGAAAAGGCCAURCUAGGAAAACGAUAGGUAGUAGCAGUCAUGAUCCAGCAUGUGAUUCACCAUGGAUAAUGUGGACUCUCACAGCUGUAGUCYAAAGCGGCUAGAUUCGCCUCCGGUGUUUCCUUUUCCCCUGCUUAUCGGAUUUGAAUUUGCAUGUGCAGUGUGGGUGCCUGUCCUUUCACUGUCUAACGGCAAAUGCUCUGGCGAGCUCUGCUCCUUGCCCUAAAACUCUGUAAGUGUGUUUGUAUUGCAGACUGCAGCCUAGUGUACAGAUGUGCUCGCUUCUGUGGGUGCCAGAAGCAGCAAAAUGGCAUCUGGGUUGGACUGAUUUGCCUGCUUGCUCAUUACCCUCCUCCAGCGGAGAAAUGAGUUGCCUCCCUGAAGUCAGGUAGCUCAUAGUGCUCCUUAUCCCUGGUUUCUUGCAUCAUGGCAUUUUGUUUUUUAGUUUCUUUUUUUAGCAAGACUGAUCUUGAGGCAGGUGUUUGGAAGAGAACAUGAUCAAGCAAAGUUCUGUUGCAUAAAUUCUGUUCAUCUUGUGUGUAUAUAUAUGCACACAUA